UAUACGGCAAGUAGAGCGCUGCAGCAUUCUGAACAACUCCACCAAGAAGUCAUCUUGUCAGACGAUCCAGUGAGUAACAUGACGACCUUGCGCUUUGGACAACACCUCAUCAAGGUCUCUGCCGUGUUCCUGCAGACAGAACUGUCCUUUGCUCUUGUCAACAGGAAGCCAGUGGUGCCUGGACAUGUACUUGUUUGCCCCCUGAGACAAGUGGAGCGUUUUCGGGAUCUGGGUGCUGAUGAAGUUACAGAUUUAUUCAACACCACCCAGAAAGUUGCUAACCUGGUUGAGAAGCACUUCAACGCCACCUCACUCACUAUUGCCAUCCAGGACGGCCCUGAAGCCGGACAAACUGUGAAGCAUGUCCACGUCCACGUGCUGCCCAGGAAGACGGGUGACUUUGAACACAAUGACAGUGUUUAUUACGAGCUGCAGAAACACGAUGGCCCAGAUGAUGACGUUCCUUCCCAGUGGAGAUCGGAGGAAGAAAUGGCAGAAGAGGCCUCCAUCUUGAGGAAACAACUUGAGAACCCUUAGACGUCCGAGGUGUCCAAAGUGAGGCCUCCGGGCCCAUUUUCAGCCCACAUCUCGUCGUUCGUUGACACAUGACGUAGUAUUCUAAAGAUAGAAUUCAACAAGGAAAUCGCAAAAAAACAGCAGCAAAAACUGAAAAAAGAGGAACAAGUUAUGGAUCUUCUCUAUGGGUUAGUUUCAAUAUCAAAAUAAAUGCAAGUGACUUUGGGUGGAAAAACUUUGGAGACAUGCCUGGUGCUACAAAAAAGCAGGGUGAUGAUGAUUGAUAUGAAUAUUGUUUUUUGUACUUUAUUUGAUGAUGCAUGUGUGUUUAAACAGAUGUACAAAACCCAAAACCAGUGAAGUUGGCACGUUGAGUAAUUCGUAAAUAAAAACAGAAUACAAUGAUUUGCAAAUCCUUUUCAACCUGCAAAGACAAGAUAUUUUAUGUUCCAACUGAGAAACGUAUUUAUUUUUGCAAAUAAUCAUUAACUUAGAAUUUAAUGAAACUUUGCAUACAAGUUGGCACAGGGGCAUUUAUACCACUGUGUUACAUGGCCUUUCCUUUUAACAACAUUCAGUAAAUGUUUGGGAACUGAGGAGACACAUUUUUGAAGCUUUUUAGGUGGAAUUAUUUCCCAUUCUUGCUUGUUGUGGUAUUUUAGGCUUCAUAAUGCACCACACAAUUUCAAUGGGAGACAGGUCUGGACUACAGGCAGGCCAGUCUAGUACCCGCACUCUUUUACUAUGAAGCCACGCUGUUGUCUUGCUAAAAUAAGCAGGGGCGUCCAUGAUAACGUUGCUUGGAUGGCAACAUAUGUUGCUCCACAACCUGUAUGUACCUUUCAGCAUUAAUGGUGCCUUCACAGACGUGUAAGUUACCCAUGCCUUGGGCACUAAUACACCCCCAUACCAUCACAGAUGCUGGCUUUUGAACUUUGCGCCUAUAACAGUCCGGAUGGUUCUUUCCCUCUUUGUUCCAGAGGACACGACGUCCACAGUUUCCAAAAACAAUUGGAAAUGUGGACUCGUCAGACCACAGAACACUAUUCCACUCUGCAUCAGUCCAUCUUAGAUGAUCUCGGGCCCGGUGAGCUCAUGGGUGUUGUUGAUAAAUGGCUUUGGCUUUGCGUAUAGGAGAGUUUUAACUUGCCCUUACAGAUGUAGCGACAAACUGUAGUUACUGACAGUGGUUUUCUGAAGUGUUCCUGAGUGUGGUGAUAUCCUUUACACACUGAUGUCGCUUUUUGAUGCAGUACCGCCUGAGGGAUCCAAGGUCACAAGCAUUCAAUGGUACGUGCACUGGUUUCUCCAGAUUCUCUGAACCUUUUGAUGAUAUUACGGACCAUAGAUGGGGAAAUCCCUAAUUUCCUUGCAAUAGCUCAUUGACGAAUGUUGUUCUUAAACUGUUUGACAAUUUGCUCACGCAUUUGUUCAGAAAGUGGUGACCCUCGCCCCAUCCUUGUUUCCAUGGAUGCUGCUUUUAUACACAAUCAUGGAACCCACCUGUUCCCAAUUAGCCUGUUUACCUGUGGGAUGUUCCAAAUAAAUGUUUGAUGAGCAUUCCUCAACUUUCUCAGUCUUUUUUGCCACUUGUGCCAGCUUUUUUGAAACGUGUUGCAGGCAUCAAAUUCCAAAUGAGCUAAUAUUGGCAAUAAUAGCAACGUUUACCAGUUCGAACGUUAAGUAUCUUGUCUUUGCAGUCUAUUCAAUUGAAUAUAUGUUGAAAAAGGAUUUGAUUUUGUUUGUAUUUACCAUUUACACAACGUGCCAACUUCACUGGUUUUGGGGUUUGUACUUAAUUAAUAGCAAAUGUCCAUUAUAACAUUAUGGCCAACUGGGAAUGGAAUACAAUAAUAAUACACACAAAAAAAACAUAAGUAAUGAAAAAAAUGAUACCCCCUUUUUGAUAUUCUUGAACAUUUAUUAUGGUGCAUAGUCGAGGCAUUUUUUCUUUUCAAAAUAAUCCAACCUGAUUUUUUUUUAUCUACAUUUCAAGUUAUUACGUUUAUUAUUCCACAGAAAAAGGAUACACAGACAUCUUCCUCUGGGUUUUUUCCUCUUUGUUUGUGGACACGUGAAUGCAUUCAUAAGCAUACAGUAUAUUGAAGACUAACAGAAGAUCUUCACUAUGUUUGUACUAAAAAAAGACAGAUGUGAUAAGACCGUGAAAAAAAAAAAUACAGGAAUAUUUGUUGAUUGUAUGUUUGCAUGUUGCCUUGUGAUGUGUCUUCCUAGCAGAUGGCGAUGCUGUUUUGUAACAAACAGUAUAAUUCCUGAACAUUCACAUUACUCUGACACUUUAUGUAAGUCUGGAUAUUCUUAACACACAGAAACAAAAUGUAAUUUGCAUGAAAAUGUAAAUACAAUAAAGCAGUGCUUUAUCAGUGAUUGGUGGCCCCAGCCAGUUUUCUCAUAGUCUGCUUU